AUGACGUCGUACUGGAUAGCCCAAAUUCGUCAAGUGUUCAUAUUCUCAUUGCUUGCUUUCGCUUCGAACUUCGAGUAUGGAUUCUCUACCACAUAUUUGAAUACGCCUGUCGAAGAAUUCAAGAAAUACGUUUAUCAGGUAUACUUGAACGAGUCCUAUCAGAGGAUGGGUAAGACUAUGAGCGAUAGCACUUAUAAUCUGCUAUGGAAUUUGAUCCUCAACAUAUGGUUUGUUGGAUUUUUUGUAGGUAUCUGGUUCAGUCCACUACUGAAUGAUAGAUUUGGUAGAAAA